AUGUCGUUCCUCUCCGCCGCCCGACAACCCGCGGUCCGAUCGUUUUCGACAGCACGAGUUGCUCUUCAGUCGUCGUCGUCAUCAUCGUCAUCGGAUGUACCUGCUGCGCCGGCGUCCAACACGGCCGUCGCACCGCCUCGAGCCCAGGGAGCGGUCGCCCAGGCGGGUGUCGUCAGUGGUGUACCUGGUACGUGAUUGGGAAAUAUCUAUAUUAAAAUGUUAGGGUGAUGUGGGUGCAAUUGAGGUACCUCGUGUGGCCAGGCUCACGAUUGGGGAAGCCCGCUAGCUCACCUCCGCAUUGCGCCCCUACAUCGCCACCUACACCCAAUCCUUCCAUUCACAACCCAUACUGAUCCAAUUCACUCACCUCGAAUUACAGACGAAGUGCACCACCGCUCCGUGCGCAUCUUCCGCCCCUCGCCGCCGUCGACCCAAUCCGCCAAGGCGACCUCGCAUCACUGGCGCAUCGACUGGGACAUCCUGCAGGGUGCUGGGCGGUGGGAGAACCCUUUGAUGGGGUGGGCUAGCACGUGAGUUGUCGGAGCUGAACUCGACGAUGAGCGCUAGUGCAGCGACAUGCAGGAGAAGCGGUCUGGCCAAGGCGUGGCGUGGGGUGUAGAUAGGGAAGGUCCACGUCGUUGAGGACCCGUUGGGGAAAGCACCUACUACACCAUGUACAGACCGGAACUCACACUUCAUGAUGUUCCCCAUCAGCGCCGACUACCUCCAAGGCACGCAUCUCAAAUUCGACACCAAGGACGCAGCGAUCCAUUUCUGCGAGAAGCAAGGCUACCAGUACUUUGUUCAGGAGCCGCAGAAGGCCAAAUUCAAGCCCAAGUCGUAUGCCUCGUACGUUCUUCGAUCCUGGAGUUUGAGAAAGGGGGUUGGGCCGAGCGGUGGGAAGGGAGUGACUGAAUGGCAAGGGGAGAGUUGCUGACUUCUCACAUCUUCGUGUUUCUCUCGCGACAGGAACUACAACUACUCGGCCAAGCCGUUAAGGAUCGCGCACACCAAGUAG